CCGCUUCAGAGUCGGCACACGCCAUCUUGCACCCCCCACACACAGCCGAGUCACCUUUAUCCUUCUUAGUUCCCCCGCCAUCACCCUUCCCGCCCCUUUUUAAUCCUGUCGCGGGCCGCCGCAGCAGAAACCGUGCCAUCUCUGCCCCCACAUUCUCCACGCGGGACGCGCUGCCGGGCCACAAGUGUUCUUAGAGCAGAGAUGAAUAAUACUGCGGCUAGCCCAAUGUCUACUGCCACCUCAAGUAGUGGAAGAAGUGCAGGGAAGUCUAUAAGCUUUGCAGCUGAAUUACAGAGCAUGAUGUUUUCUUUAGGUGAUGCCAGGAGGCCUCUUCAUGAAACAGUGAUUUUGGUAGAAGAUGUGGUGCAUACUCAGUUAACUAAUCUGUUACAGCAAGCUGCUGAAGUUUCGCAGCUGCGGGGAGCAAGAGUGAUUUCUCCUGAAGAUCUUCUCUUUUUGAUGCGCAAAGAUAAGAAAAAGCUUAAAAGACUGCUAAAAUACAUGUUCAUCCGAGACUACAAAUCAAGGAUUAUUAAAAGCAUAGAUGAGGAUGAUCUUCUGGAAGACAAAUUGAGUGGCAGUAGUAACAAAAGACAAAAAAUUGCUCAAGACUUCUUCAGCUCUAUUGACCAGACAGGAGAACUUAUGGCAAUGUUUGAAAAUGAUGAAAUCGAUGAAGUUAAACAAGAAAGAAUGGAGAGAGCAGAAAGACAAACUCGAGUUAUGGAUUCAGUUCAAUAUGCAGAAUUCUGUGAAAGUCGACAUUUAAGUUUCUCCAAAAAAACUUCUAAAUUUCGAGACUGGUUGGACUGCAGCAGUAUGGAAAUCAAACCAACUAUUGUCGCUAUGGAACUUUUAGCAUAUUUAGCGUAUGAAACUGUGGCACAGUUAGUGGAUUUGGCUCUGCUCGUGAGACAGGACAUGGUAACCAAAGCAGGGGACCCCUUUAGCCAUGCCAUUUCUGCAACCUUCAUUCAGUAUCACAACUCUGCUGAGAGCACUGCGGCCUGUGGUGUUGAGGCUCACGGCGAUGCCAUCCAGCCCUGCCACAUCAGAGAAGCUGUGCGACGCUACGGCCACAAGAUUGGCCCCCUCGCCCCGUUCACAAGUGCCUACCGCAGGAGUGGGAUGCCGUUUCUAGCCUGCUGAUGGAACUGUGACUGUGCCUGCAACAACAGGAAAAGCAGUGUUGUACUAAGGUUAUUUCUUUCCCCUUCCUUGGACAAAAUAAAACACAAGUUUGCCUUCUUGGUAUC